GGAAGCGCCGCCGCCCUGAGGGAGGGCGGUUCAUGGCGGGCGCCGCCAGCGGGGUCCGGAGCCCGGGCACAGGCAGCGGGACGGCGGCACAGCACCCACGGACAGGGUGAUCUUCACAGAAACUCCUACAGGCUUCAAAAAACUCAUUUUAGGCAGAAUAAGUGCAGUCAGUUGUUCAGAUAAAGUAAAAUGGAUCCUUGUUCAGUUGGAGUUCAGCUUCAAGCUACCAAUGAGUGCCACAAGACCUAUUACACCCGUCACACUGGCUUCAAGACUAAGCAGGAUGUGUCUUCAUCUGACCUGCUACUGCUUCAGCUUAGGACUGGAAUAACCCUCUCAGAGAACAACACAAUCUGCUUCCACCACGCCAAAAUUUACAUCGAGAGAUUUGAAGACCUGCAGAAGUCCUGCUGCGACCCCUUUAACAUACACAGAAAGCUGUCCAAGAAAAACUUACGAGCGAUUGACAUGGAUGACGCGGCUUUUCUCAGCGCCAAGUUCGGGAGGCAGUUUGUACCUGGCUGGAAGCUGUGUCCCAAGUGCAUGCAGAUAAUAAAUGGAUCUGUGGAUGUGGAACCUGAAGAGAGGCAAAGGAGAAGACUUGAUCCAGACGGACGUACAGCCAAGGCUUUAAAGUCUCUGCAGUUUGCUAACCCAGGGCGACAGACUGAGUUCACUCCUGAGACCAGCAAGAGGGAAAAAAGAAGGCUGCAAUCAAAAAUUGCAGCAUUUAAUUCAGACAGGCAAGUCAUACCAGCCAAGAGCAAAGUCUAUGACAGCCAGGGACUGCUGCUUUACAGUGGGAUGGACCUCUGUGACUGCCUGGACGAAGAUUGCCUGGGGUGUUUCUAUGCUUGCCCCAAGUGCGGCUCCAACAAGUGCGGGGCCGAAUGUCGCUGCGACCGCAAGUGGCUCUACGAGCAGAUCGAGAUAGAAGGGGGGGAGAUAAUCAGAAAUAAGCAUGUUGGCUAGUCUAUAUGUGUGAAUUAUUUAAUCCUGAGUAUAUAUUCCAGGCUUUGGUUAAACACAGCGCAUUCAUCAUUUAGUAAUUUAAUGAAAGCCGUUGGAAUUUGUCACAAUCCGCAAGAUUAAUGCGCUCUCUUUCACAAUCAUUUUCCGUAUGAUUAUAGAGAUAAUCGUGCUGCUCUCUCUUCAUACUUCAUUCUGCAUUGCACUCACGCUUUUUAGUCAUCCAGGUAAGAUCUUGCUGAACAAUCUUUUCACUGCUUUUAAACACAAGGUGCUAGAUUUUAGUGUGAUCUAUCCUGAGACACUCGCUGUUGUUCCAUGUAUUGUUUUAUGGAAUGUACCAUCUCCACAUAUCCCUCAUUUUUUCCUUCUCUAUAUCAGGAUCUUAUGGGUUUUAUCUGUUUUAUGUGAAAUACUAGAAGUUCUCAAUAAUUUACAUACAGUAUUAAUAAAGCUUUCUCCAGUAUUAACAGUGAGUGCUGCAUCUUCUAUAGAGUAUCCAAGUUACUGAUUAAUCCAAACCUGUCCACUUGGAAAGGAUUCAAAAGCAUUUAGGUGUUCAGAUCUCAUCCAGGUUAUUGGCAUUUGAGAUCAAAUUAUCCUUAUUAAUUCAAACCUCAGCGUUAAAAUAUUGAAAUUAAACUGUAAAGGCAUUGAAAAAUAUGUUAAAGUAUUAAUUAUGGCACCAAAAUUAUUAUUUUGUUGGUUUCUGCGUAACACAAUGAAAAUAAUUUUACUGUGUUUGUUAUCAGUCUGUAAUUGGACUGAACUGAUAAUCCCAACAGCCCACUACCCUUUUUUCCCCUCUUCUUACUUGUUUUUAGGGUGAAGGUUUAUAUGCAGCUGAAAUAAAUUUGAGUGUCUGUUCCCACAUCAAGGAUAUCUAGACUGUUACCAUAAAAAAUCACAGUUGAAUUGAAAUUAUCUUUGGUUGAUACAUUAUUUGUCCUCAGAAUAUUAAACCUUUACGAUAUAACAAGGUUUCUGGAAAAGAGAUUUUGCAGGUGAGAUCUCAGUAAUAUUGUUAUUCCUGCUAUUUUUGUUGUGUUUUAGAUAAAUUUCUUAUUUCUGUGCUAGACUUGGAAGAUCUGCAUGUUUUAUUUGUCACAUUUAUUCAAGAAUACCGUUAACUGCUGAUUUCUAAACACUUAGUUGGUCAAGUUGUAUAAUCUUUCUAUUUCUUCAGCAUAUUUUGUUUUCUGAUAAGCCUCAUGAACAUUGCAUCACCAAAAUCCAAAGUUGCUUUGAGUCGUACUGACAUCUGCUGGUCCUAGCGGAGUAUAAGCAUCAACUUCUACUCCAUUUUUACUAAAUCUGUUAUAAAAAAUAAACAGACUUCCUUUUUCA